GUGCCCUCUGUAGAACGAUUACUUCCGGGCACACUGUCCGCCGCUCGCUCGUCGAGAUCAAAAUGUAUGAAGUGGAUAUUUUCCGCGUUUCAAGAUAGUACAAUAAUUUAUGUCGACUUGUGCUGUUUUGAAACUUUGUCUUGUGCGUUUACUACUAUCCGGGUUGUUUCGUUAGCUAGCUAGCUAGCUGGAAAACAGAGUUGCGAUCUUCGUGAAAGGCACUUUCUUACCACUUGCUAAAGAAGAUGUCUGCGGAAGAAGCGGCAGACAAAACAACCCCGGCCGACGCGAGUGCGGGAGAUGCCGGAGAAGCCGGAGACGAGGAAGAAGAGUGGCUCUACGGAGGUAAAGAGGUGUUACAAUGAAUAAAACAUUAGCUAAGUUGUUCGAGUUAUAACUAAGCCACAUGCAACUAGCUACAAUUGCAAAGCGUUAGCACAUUUGCUAGCUAAUUAGCAAAGUAGUUACUGUAGCUAGCUAACGCAUAAGCCGUGGUGCUGCAUGUGUCUUGGCCUAGCUUCAUUGUAAACAUGCAAUCAAGCCAACGUUACAGCAUAUCCUUCAGGAUUGCACUUUGCUCAGUUUGUAGUUAGCCAGCUAGCUACCGUUAUGUGGAAAAUACAAUGGACAGAAGCAUUGGAUAUAACGUUAGCUAGCUAGCUACUUGCAGAAUGGUUAGUUUGCAUUUAUCAUCUGAAAGAACAAGCGUGGCUACCUUGCUAGCUAUGUAAGUUAUAUAACUAGGUAGAUAUUGUAAUAUGUGACUUAUUGUUGACCUUUAACCGUUAGUUAAUGAAUGGUCGUUUCCCUUCUAGAUGAUGAUGAGAAAGCUGAGGAGGAAGAGGCCAAACUAACCGCAGCUGUCAGGUGAGUUUCCACCCGUUUGUGUCUAAACGUGUUACUGAGUUGUCUCCACUUCUCAGUUGUAUUGUCUACAGGAUGUGUCAGAAUGUGUUGAUGAUAUUUCCAUCCUCAGUGCUCCAGUCUGAAUGUGUUGAUGAUAUUUCCAUCCUCAGUGAUCCAGUCUGAAUGUGUUGAUGAUAUUUCCAUCCUCAGUGCUCCAGUCUGAAUGUGUUGAUGAUAUUUCCAUCCUCAGUGCUCCAGUCUGAAUGUGUUGAUGAUAUUUCCAUCCUCGGUGCUCCAGUCUGAAUGUGUUGAUGAUAUUUCCAUCCUCAGUGCUCCAGUCUGAAUGUGUUGAUGAUAUUUCCAUCCUCGGUGCUCCAGUCUGAAUGUGUUGAUGAUAUUUCCAUCCUCAGUGCUCCAGUCUGAAUGUGUUGAUGAUAUUUCCAUCCUCAGUGCUCCAGUCUGAAUGUGUUGAUGAUAUUUCCAUCCUCAGUGCUCCAGUCUGAAUGUGUUGAUGAUAUUUCCAUCCUCAGUGCUCCAGUCUGAAUGUGUUGAUGAUAUUUCCAUCCUCAGUGCUCCAGUCUGAAUGUGUUGAUGAUAUUUCCAUCCUCAGUGCGCCAGUCUGAAUGUGUUGAUGAUAUUUCCAUCCUCAGUGCUCCAGUCUGAAUGUGUUGAUGAUAUUUCCAUCCUCAGUGCUCCAGUCUGAAUGUGUUGAUGAUAUUUCCAUCCUCAGUGCUCCAGUCUGAAUGUGUUGAUGAUAUUUCCAUCCUCAGUGCUCCAGUCUGAAUGUGUUGAUGAUAUUUCCACCCUCAGUGCGCCAGUCUGAAUGUGUUGAUGAUAUUUCCAUCCUCAGUGCUCCAGUCUGAAUGUGUUGAUGAUAUUUCCAUCCUCAGUGCUCCAGUCUGAAUGUGUUGAUGAUAUUUCCAUCCUCAGUGCUCCAGUCUGAAUGUGUUGAUGAUAUUUCCAUCCUCAGUGCUCCAGUCUGAAUGUGUUGAUGCUAUUUCCAUCCUCAGUGCUCCAGUCUGAAUGUGUUGAUGAUAUUUCCAUCCUCAGUGCUCCAGUCUGAAUGUGUUGAUGAUAUUUCCAUCCUCAGUGCUCCAGUCUGAAUGUGUUGAUGAUAUUUCCAUCCUCAGUGCUCCAGUCUGAAUGUGUUGAUGAUAUUUCCAUCCUCAGUGCUCCAGUCUGAAUGUGUUGAUGCUAUUUCCAUCCUCAGUGCUCCAGUCUGAAUGUGUUGAUGAUAUUUCCAUCCUCAGUGCUCCAGUCUGAAUGUGUUGAUGAUAUUUCCAUCCUCAGUGCUCCAGUCUGAAUGUGUUGAUGAUAUUUCCAUCCUCAGUGCUCCAGUCUGAAUGUGUUGAUGAUAUUUCCAUCCUCAGUGCUCCAGUCUGAAUGUGUUGAUGAUAUUUCCAUCCUCAGUGCUCCAGUCUGAAUGUGUUGAUGAUAUUUCCAUCCUCAGUGCUCCAGUCUGAAUGUGUUGAUGAUAUUUCCAUCCUCAGUGCUCCAGUCUGAAUGUGUUGAUGAUAUUUCCAUCCUCAGUGCUCCAGUCUGAAUGUGUUGAUGAUAUUUCCAUCCUCAGUGCUCCAGUCUGAAUGUGUUGAUGAUAUUUCCAUCCUCAGUGCUCCAGUCUGAAUGUGUUGAUGAUAUUUCCAUCCUCAGUGCUCCAGUCUGAAUGUGUUGAUGAUAUUUCCAUCCUCAGUGCUCCAGUCUGAAUGUGUUGAUGAUAUUUCCAUCCUCAGUGCUCCAGUCUGAAUGUGUUGAUGAUAUUUCCAUCCUCAGUGCUCCAGUCUGAAUGUGUUGAUGAUAUUUCCAUCCUCAGUGCUCCAGUCUGAAUGUGUUGAUGAUAUUUCCAUCCUCAGUGCUCCAGUCUGAAUGUGUUGAUGAUAUUUCCAUCCUCAGUGCUCCAGUCUGAAUGUGUUGAUGAUAUUUCCAUCCUCAGUGCUCCAGUCUGAAUGUGUUGAUGAUAUUUCCAUCCUCAGUGCUCCAGUCUGAAUGUGUUGAUGAUAUUUCCAUCCUCAGUGCUCCAGUCUGAAUGUGUUGAUGAUAUUUCCAUCCUCAGUGCUCCAGUCUGAAUGUGUUGAUGAUAUUUCCAUCCUCAGUGCUCCAGUCUGAAUGUGUUGAUGAUAUUUCCAUCCUCAGUGCUCCAGUCUGAAUGUGUUGAUGAUAUUUCCAUCCUCAGUGCUCCAGUCUGAAUGUGUUGAUGAUAUUUCCAUCCUCAGUGCUCCAGUCUGAAUGUGUUGAUGAUAUUUCCAUCCUCAGUGCUCCAGUCUGAAUGUGUUGAUGAUAUUUCCAUCCUCAGUGCUCCAGUCUGAAUGUGUUGAUGAUAUUUCCAUCCUCAGUGCUCCAGUCUGAAUGUGUUGAUGAUAUUUCCAUCCUCAGUGCUCCAGUCUGAAUGUGUUGAUGAUAUUUCCAUCCUCAGUGCUCCAGUCUGAAUGUGUUGAUGAUAUUUCCAUCCUCAGUGCUCCAGUCUGAAUGUGUUGAUGAUAUUUCCAUCCUCAGUGCUCCUGUCUGAAUGUGUUGAUGAUAUUUCCAUCCUCAGUGCUCCAGUCUGAAUGUGUUGAUGAUAUUUCCAUCCUCAGUGCUCCAGUCUGAAUGUGUUGAUGAUAUUUCCAUCCUCGGUGCUCCAGUCUGAAUGUGUUGAUGAUAUUUCCAUCCUCAGUGCUCCAGUCUGAAUGUGUUGAUGAUGUUUCCUCAGUGCUCCAGUCUGAAUGUGUUGAUGAUAUUUCCAUCCUCAGUGCUCCAGUCUGAAUGUGUUGAUGAUAUUUCCAUCCUCAGUGCUCCAGUCUGAAUGUGUUGAUGAUAUUUCCAUCCUCAGUGCUCCAGUCUGAAUGUGUUGAUGAUAUUUCCAUCCUCAGUGCUCCAGUCUGAAUGUGUUGAUGAUAUUUCCAUCCUCAGUGCUCCAGUCUGAAUGUGUUGAUGAUAUUUCCAUCCUCAGUGCUCCAGUCUGAAUGUGUUGAUGAUAUUUCCAUCCUCAGUGCUCCAGUCUGAAUGUGUUGAUGAUAUUUCCAUCCUCGGUGCUCCAGUCUGAAUGUGUUGAUGAUAUUUCCAUCCUCAGUGCUCCUGCUCCAGAGUCAGAUGAGGCGGUUACUACGGGCAACGGAGUGGAAGCUCAGGUAAGACCUCUGCUCCAGUCGGUCCCAAAAGGCACCCUAUUCCCCUGUAGUGCACUACUUUUGACCGGAGUAGUGCACUAUAAAGGGUAUAGGGUGCCAUUUGGGACCGAUCUGCAGUGUUUCUCCUAUCGUUGUAUGUGCGAGGCGGGAUGACUUGGGCUUUGUGUUUUUAAGUACGGCCUGGAGUUUCACUUGGUCUGGAAACACUCCAGGCUGUGCUGUGUUAUGUGUGGAGGAGAUGGGUUCUGAUGUGGUUUCAGGUCUCUCUGUCUUUUUUUCAUCUCUGUCUCUUUUUCCAUCUCUCGCUCUUCUCCCCCUCUCUCUCUCAGGAGAAGGAGCCAGGAGAUGAUGAUGACAGUGAUAGCGACAGUGACGAUGAUGACGAUGAUGUUCGUGUCACCAUCGGAGACAUCAAGACCGGAGCCCCACAGUACACGUAUGUGUCUUUUAAAGUGAUAGUUCAUCCUACUGUCUUUAAAGGGAUAGUUCACCCUACUGUCUUUAAAGGGAUCGUUCACCCUGCUGUCUUUAAAGGGAUAGUUCACCCUACUGUCUUUAAAGGGAUAGUUCUCCCAUAAUGUCUUUAAAGGGAUAGUUCACCCGUAAUGUCUAAGCCGAUCUGACCUUAUUAUUCCCAGAUAAGGGGUCUCAAGUACAACUGAGGAGCCUGAAUUCAUCUAUUGUAUUUCACAGCCUUUGACGCUGUAGCGUUGUAUUGUGAUGUUGUUGUUGACAUGUCUGGUUUUGUUGUUGUAGAACGUAUGGAGUGGCUCCUGUUAACCUGAACAUAAAGACAGCAGGAGCCAGACCCUACGGAACAGGUACUGUGGUAUUCCCGUCCACCACCUGUCCUGUGCACUUGACUUUACAUAGACCCUACAUGGAGUGGAAAAUGUAUCGUACAGGCUAAUAUAUGUGUCCAUUCUACCACUAUGUAAUGAUGUGUCCCACCGCCAUGUCCAGGCCAGUACUGGGAAUCCAUUCCCACCACCAUGUAUUGAUAUGUGUCCAUUCCCACCACCAUGUAUUGAUAUGUGUCCAUUCCCACCACCAUGUAUUGAUAUGUGUCCAUUCCCACCACCAUGUAUUGAUAUGUGUCCAUUCCCACCACCAUGUAUUGAUAUGUGUCCAUUCCCACCACCAUGUAUUGAUAUGUGUCCAUUCCCACCACCAUGUAUUGAUAUGUGUCCAUUCCCACCACCAUGUAUUGAUAUGUGUCCAUUCCCACCACCAUGUAUUGAUAUGUGUCCAUUCCCACCACCAUGUAUUGAUAUGUGUCCAUUCCCACCACCAUGUAUUGAUAUGUGUCCAUUCCCACCACCAUGUAUUGAUAUGUGUCCAUUCCCACCACCAUGUAUUGAUAUGUGUCCAUUCCCACCACCAUGUAUUGAUAUGUGUCCAUUCCCACCACCAUGUAUUGAUAUGUGUCCAUUCCCACCACCAUGUAUUGAUAUGUGUCCAUUCCCACCACCAUGUAUUGAUAUGUGUCCAUUCCCACCACCAUGUAUUGAUAUGUGUCCAUUCCCACCACCAUGUAUUGAUAUGUGUCCAUUCCCACCACCAUGUAUUGAUAUGUGUCCAUUCCCACCACCAUGUAUUGAUAUGUGUCCAUUCCCACCACCAUGUAUUGAUAUGUGUCCAUUCCCACCACCAUGUAUUGAUAUGUGUCCAUUCCCACCACCAUGUAUUGAUAUGUGUCCAUUCCCACCACCAUGUAUUGAUAUGUGUCCAUUCCCACCACCAUGUAUUGAUAUGUGUCCAUUCCCACCACCAUGUAUUGAUAUGUGUCCAUUCCCACCACCAUGUAUUGAUAUGUGUCCAUUCCCACCACCAUGUAUUGAUAUGUGUCCAUUCCCACCACCAUGUAUUGAUAUGUGUCCAUUCCCACCACCAUGUAUUGAUAUGUGUCCAUUCCCACCACCAUGUAUUGAUAUGUGUCCAUUCCCACCACCAUGUAUUGAUAUGUGUCCAUUCCCACCACCAUGUAUUGAUAUGUGUCCAUUCCCACCACCAUGUAUUGAUAUGUGUCCAUUCCCACCACCAUGUAUUGAUAUGUGUCCAUUCCCACCACCAUGUAUUGAUAUGUGUCCAUUCCCACCACCAUGUAUUGAUAUGUGUCCAUUCCCACCACCAUGUAUUGAUAUGUGUCCAUUCCCACCACCAUGUAUUGAUAUGUGUCCAUUCCCACCACCAUGUAUUGAUAUGUGUCCAUUCCCACCACCAUGUAUUGAUAUGUGUCCAUUCCCACCACCAUGUAUUGAUAUGUGUCCAUUCCCACCACCAUGUAUUGAUAUGUGUCCAUUCCCACCACCAUGUAUUGAUAUGUGUCCAUUCCCACCACCAUGUAUUGAUAUGUGUCCAUUCCCACCACCAUGUAUUGAUAUGUGUCCAUUCCCACCACCAUGUAUUGAUAUGUGUCCAUUCCCACCACCAUGUAUUGAUAUGUGUCCAUUCCCACCACCAUGUAUUGAUAUGUGUCCAUUCCCACCACCAUGUAUUGAUAUGUGUCCAUUCCCACCACCAUGUAUUGAUAUGUGUCCAUUCCCACCACCAUGUAUUGAUAUGUGUCCAUUCCCACCACCAUGUAUUGAUAUGUGUCCAUUCCCACCACCAUGUAUUGAUAUGUGUCCAUUCCCACCACCAUGUAUUGAUAUGUGUCCAUUCCCACCACCAUGUAUUGAUAUGUGUCCAUUCCCACCACCAUGUAUUGAUAUGUGUCCAUUCCCACCACCAUGUAUUGAUAUGUGUCCAUUCCCACCACCAUGUAUUGAUAUGUGUCCAUUCCCACCACCAUGUAUUGAUAUGUGUCCAUUCCCACCACCAUGUAUUGAUAUGUGUCCAUUCCCACCACCAUGUAUUGAUAUGUGUCCAUUCCCACCACCAUGUAUUGAUAUGUGUCCAUUCCCACCACCAUGUAUUGAUAUGUGUCCAUUCCCACCACCAUGUAUUGAUAUGUGUCCAUUCCCACCACCAUGUAUUGAUAUGUGUCCAUUCCCACCACCAUGUAUUGAUAUGUGUCCAUUCCCACCACCAUGUAUUGAUAUGUGUCCAUUCCCACCACCAUGUAUUGAUAUGUGUCCAUUCCCACCACCAUGUAUUGAUAUGUGUCCAUUCCCACCACCAUGUAUUGAUAUGUGUCCAUUCCCACCACCAUGUAUUGAUAUGUGUCCAUUCCCACCACCAUGUAUUGAUAUGUGUCCAUUCCCACCACCAUGUAUUGAUAUGUGUCCAUUCCCACCACCAUGUAUUGAUAUGUGUCCAUUCCCACCACCAUGUAUUGAUAUGUGUCCAUUCCCACCACCAUGUAUUGAUAUGUGUCCAUUCCCACCACCAUGUAUUGAUAUGUGUCCAUUCCCACCACCAUGUAUUGAUAUGUGUCCAUUCCCACCACCAUGUAUUGAUAUGUGUCCAUUCCUCCCACCACCAUGUAUUGAUAUGUGUCCAUUCCCACCACCAUGUAUUGAUAUGUGUCCAUUCCCACCACCAUGUAUUGAUAUGUGUCCAUUCCCACCACCAUGUAUUGAUAUGUGUCCAUUCCCACCACCAUGUAUUGAUAUGUGUCCAUUCCCACCACCAUGUAUUGAUAUGUGUCCAUUCCCACCAUCAUUUAUUGAUAUGUGUCCAUUCCCACCACCAUGUAUUGAUAUGUGUCCAUUCCCACCAUCAUGUAUUGAUACGUGUCCAUUCCCACCAUCAUGUAUUGAUAUGUGUCCAUUCCCACCAUCAUGUAUUGAUAUGUGUCCAUUCCCACCAUCAUGUAUUGAUAUGUGUCCAUUCCCACCAUCAUGUAUUGAUAUGUGUCCAUUCCCACCACCAUGUAUUGAUAUGUGUCCAUUCCCACCACCAUGUAUUGAUAUGUGUCCAUUCCCACCACCAUGUAUUGAUAUGUGUCCAUUCCCACCAUCAUGUAUUGAUAUGUGUCCAUUCCCACCACCAUGUAUUGAUAUGUGUCCAUUCCCACCACCAUGUAUUGAUAUGUGUCCAUUCCCACCACCAUGUAUUGAUAUGUGUCCAUUCCCACCACCAUGUAUUGAUAUGUGUCCAUUCCCACCACCAUGUAUUGAUACGUGUCCAUUCCCACCACCAUGUAUUGAUACGUGUCCAUUCCCACCAUCAUGUAUUGAUACGUGUCCAUUCCCACCACCAUGUAUUGAUACGUGUCCAUUCCCACCACCAUGUAUUGAUACGUGUCCAUUCCCACCACCAUGUAUUGAUACGUGUCCAUUCCCACCACCAUGUAUUGAUAUGUGUCCAUUCCCACCACCAUGUAUUGAUAUGUGUCCAUUCCCACCACCAUGUAUUGAUAUGUGUCCAUUCCCACCACCAUGUAUUGAUAUGUGUCCAUUCCCACCACCAUGUAUUGAUAUGUGUCCAUUCCCACCACCAUGUAUUGAUAUGUGUCCAUUCCCACCACCAUGUAUUGAUAUGUGUGUCUUAUCCAGAGCGACUUACAGGAGCAAUUAGGGUUAAGUGCCUUGCUCAAGGGCACAUCGACAGAUUUUUCACGUAGUCGGCUCGGGGAUUAGAACCAGCGACCUUUCGGUUACUGGCACAACGCUCUUAACCACUAAGCUACCUGCUGCCACGUGUCCAUUCCACCAUGUCUUGAUGUGUCCAUUCCACCAUGUCUUGACGUGUCCAUUCCGCCACCAUGUCUUGAUGUGUCCAUUCCACCAUGUCUUGAUGUGUCCAUUCCACCAUGUCUUGAUGUGUCCAUUCCACCAUGUCUUGACGUGUCCAUUCCACCAUGUCUUGAUGUGUCCAUUCCACCAUGUCUUGAUGUGUCCAUUCCACCAUGUCUUGAUGUGUCCAUUCCACCAUGUCUUGAUGUGUCCAUUCCACCAUGUCUUGAUGUGUCCAUUCCACCAUGUCUUGAUGUGUCCAUUCCACCAUGUCUUGAUGUGUCCAUUCCGCCAUGUCUUGAUGUGUCCAUUCCGCCAUGUCUUGACGUGUCCAUUCCACCAUGUCUUGAUGUGUCCAUUCCACCAUGUCUUGAUGUGUCCAUUCCACCAUGUCUUGAUGUGUCCAUUCCGCCAUGUCUUGAUGUGUCCAUUCCACCAUGUCUUGAUGUGUCCAUUCCACCACCAUGUAUUGGGCAGUUAAGUGGAAUUAGACGGUGUAACUGUAGUUGAUGCUAUUUUUAUUGAUUUACUAAAUGUCUCAGUAUAUUUUAAUACUGAUAUAUAUUAUAAAUGUUUUUUUCUAGUAGGGAACAAGUUGAAGGGUGUGGAUCUGGAGGCCCCAGGCAACAUCAAUGGAGUCCCAGUACUGGAGGUGGACAUGGAGUCAUUCGAGGAGAAACCCUGGAGGAAACCAGGUACGUGUUACUGUGUGUUUCUGAGUGUGUGUGUGGGGUACCUUUCUGAUUGGUCCAGGUUUUAGACUGAGAGUCUUGGUAGGAGUUUGUGUUAUUCUGACUUUUGUAAAAUGAAACCAAUUGUGUGUGUGUGUGUGUGUCUGUGUGUGUGUGUGUGUAGGUGCGGACCUGUCUGACUACUUUAACUACGGGUUCAACGAGGACACGUGGAAGGCCUACUGUGACAAACAGAAGAGGCUGAGGAUGGGCCUGGAGGUCGUCAACAUCUCCUCCACCACCAGCAAAAUCACUGUAAGACACAACAUCUCCUCCACUACCAGCUAAAUCACUGUAUGAUACAACAUCUCCUCCACUACCAGCUAAAUCACUGUAAGACACAUCUCCUCCACUACCAGCUAAAUCACUGUAAGACACAACAUCUCCUCCACUACCAGCUAAAUCACUGUAAGAUACAACAUCUCCUCCACUACCAGCUAAAUCACUGUAAGAUGCAACAUCACUACCAGCUAAAUCACUGUAAGACAUCUGCUCCACUACCAGCUAAAUCACUGUAAGACACAUAUCCUCCACUACCAGCUAAAUCACUGUAAGAUACAACAUCACUACCAGCUAAAUCACUGUAUGAUACAACAUCUCCUCCACUACCAGCUAAAUCACUGUAUGAUACAACAUCUCCUCCACUACCAGCUAAAUCACUGUAAGAUACAACAUCUCCUCCACUACCAGCAAAAUCACUGUAAGACACAUCUCCUCCACUACCAGCUAAAUCACUGUAUGAUACAACAUCUCCUCCACUACCAGCUAAAUCACUGUAUGAUACAACAUCUCCUCCACUACCAGCUAAAUCACUGUAAGACACAUCUCCUCCACUACCAGCUAAAUCACUGUAAGACACAACAUCUCCUCCACUACCAGCUAAAUCACUGUAAGAUACAACAUCUCCUCCACUACCAGCUAAAUCACUGUAAGAUACAACAUCACUACCAGCUAAAUCACUGUAAGACAUCUGCUCCACUACCAGCUAAAUCACUGUAAGACACAUAUCCUCCACUACCAGCUAAAUCACUGUAAGAUACAACAUCACUACCAGCUAAAUCACUGUAUGAUACAACAUCUCCUCCACUACCAGCUAAAUCACUGUAAGAUACAACAUCUCCUCCACUACCAGCUAAAUCACUGUAAGAUACAACAUCUCCUCCACUACCAGCUAAAUCACUGUAAGAUACAACAUCUCCUCCACUACCAGCUAAAUCACUGUAUGACACAUCUCCUCCACUACCAGCUAAAUCACUGUAAGACACAUCUGCUCCACUACCAGCUAAAUCACUGUAAGAUACAACAUCUCCUCCACUACCAGCUAAAUCACUGUAUGACACAACAUCUCCUCCACUACCAGCUAUAUCACUGUAAGACACAUCUGCUCCACUACCAGCUAAAUCACUGUAAGAUACAACAUCUCCUCCACUACCAGCUAAAUCACUGUAAGAUACAACAUCACUACCAGCUAAAUCACUGUAAGACACAACAUCUCCUCCACUACCAGCUAAAUCACUGUAAGAUACAACAUCUCCUCCACUACCAGCUAAAUCACUGUAAGACACAACAUCACUACCAGCUAAAUCACUGUAAGACACAUCUCCUCCACUACCAGCUAAAUCACUGUAAGACACAUCUCCUCCACUACCAGCUAAAUCACUGUAAGACACAUCUCCUCCACUACCAGCUAAAUCACUGUAUGAUACAACAUCUCCUCCACUACCAGCUAAAUCACUAAGACACAACAUCUCCUCCACUACCAGCUAAAUCACUGUAAGACACAACUUCUCCUCCACUACCAGCUAAAUCACUGUAAGAUACAACAUCUCCUCCACUACCAGCUAAAUCACUGUAUGACACAACAUCUCCUCCACUACCAGCUAAAUCACUGUAUGACACAACAUCUCCUCCACUACCAGCUAAAUCACUGUAAGAUACAACAUCUCCUCCACUACCAGCUAAAUCACUGUAUGACACAACAUCUCCUCCACUACCAGCUAAAUCACUGUAAGACACAUCUGCUCCACUACCAGCUAAAUCACUGUAAGAUACAACAUCUCCUCCACUACCAGCUAAAUCACUGUAAGAUACAACAUCACUACCAGCUAAAUCACUGUAAGACACAACAUCUCCUCCACUACCAGCUAAAUCACUGUAAGAUACAACAUCUCCUCCACUACCAGCUAAAUCACUGUAAGACACAACAUCACUACCAGCUAAAUCACUGUAAGACACAUCUCCUCCACUACCAGCUAAAUCACUGUAAGACACAACAUAUCCUCCACUACCAGCUAAAUCACUGUAAGACACAUCUCCUCCACUACCAGCUAAAUCACUGUAAGACACAUCUCCUCCACUACCAGCUAAAUCACUGUAUGAUACAACAUCUCCUCCACUACCAGCUAAAUCACUGUAAGACACAACAUCUCCUCCACUACCAGCUAAAUCACUGUAAGACACAUCUCCUCCACUACCAGCUAAAUCACUGUAUGAUACAACAUCUCCUCCACUACCAGCUAAAUCACUAAGACACAACAUCUCCUCCACUACCAGCUAAAUCACUGUAAGACACAACAUCUCCUCCACUACCAGCUAAAUCACUGUAAGACACAACAUCUCCUCCACUACCAGCUAAAUCACUGUAAGUCACAACAUCUCCUCCACUACCAGCUAAAUCACUGUAAGACACAUCUCCUCCACUACCAGCUAAAUCACUGUAUGAUACAACAUCUCCUCCACUACCAGCUAAAUCACUGUAAGACACAUCUCCUCCACUACCAGCUAAAUCACUGUAUGAUACAACAUCUCCUCCACUACCAGCUAAAUCACUGUAAGACACAUCUCCUCCACUACCAGCUAAAUCACUGUAAGACACAACAUCUCCUCCACUACCAGCUAAAUCACUGUAUGAUACAACAUCUCCUCCACUACCAGCUAAAUCACUGUAAGACACAUCUCCUCCACUACCAGCUAAAUCACUGUAAGACACAACAUCUCCUUCAUAUCAACAAACCGCUCGCCCACACGACGCCAUACACGUGGUCUGCUGUUCUGAGACCGGUUGGACGCACUGCCAAAUUCUCUAAAGCAACGUUGGAGGCGGCUUAUGGUAGAGAAAUGAACAUUCAAUUCUCUGGCAACAGCUCUGGUGGACAUUGCUGCGGUCAGCAUGCCAAUUGCAUGCUCCCUCAAAACAUAAGACAUCUGUGGCAUUGUGUUGUGUGACAAAACUGCACAUUUUAGAGUGGCCUUUUGUCCCCUGCACAAGGUGCACCUGUGUAAUGAUCAUGCUGUUUAAUCAGCCACACCUGUCAGGUGGAUGGAUUAUCUUAGCAAAGGAGAAAUGCUCACUAACAGGGAUGUAAACAAAUUUGUGCACAACAUUUGAGAGAAAUAAGCUUUUUGUGCACACGGAAAAUUUAUAGGAUCUUUUUAUUUCAGCUCAUGAAACAUAGGACCAACACUUUACAUGUUGCGUUUAUAUUUUUGUUCUGUGUAUUAGGGCUGGGAAUUGCCAGGGACCUCACGAUACGAUAUUGUCACGAUACUUGGGCCGAUUUGCGAGUCUCAGGAUGAUGUAUUGCGAUUCGAUGUUCCAAACAUAUUGCUCACUUUAUGUUUGCUGCAGAGAGACAAGAGAGGCAUUAGAGAGUUUUGAUCAGUCAUGGAUAUAAAAGGCCUGAAAACAAAUUGGCUCCCUAUUUAAUAAGGAGAUGGAGAACAAGCUAUGAAAGAAAAAUACUGGAGAUUUGGUGCACGUACAACCAACUACAGCAAAAAAUAAUAUUGCGAUAUUUUGAAAAUGUAUACGAUAAUCAUUAAAAAUAAUAUCCCGAUAUGUAACUGUCUAUAUAUAUUUUUUGUCCUUCAUCACUAGUAAAUAGCCAAGAAACACGAGGACAAAGUCUCACUUUAGUAGACUUUAGUUUUAAGUAAAUGUAACAUACUUUUUAUGCUCUGUGCUUCUAAGAAAUAAUAUUUCACUUAGCACUUCACUCUGUACGCACAGCCCCCCAGCCAGGCAGCCCCCCAGCCAGGCAGCCUCCCAGCCAGGCAGCCUCCCAGCCAGGCAGCCCCCCAGCCAGGCAGCCUCCCAGCCAGGCAGCCAGGCAGCCUCCCAGCCAGGCAGCCCCCCAGCCAGGCAGCCUCCCAGCCAGGCAGCCCCCCAGCCAGGCAGCCUCCCAGCCAGGCAGCCUCCCAGCCAGGCAGCCCCCCAGCCAGGCAGCCCCCCAGCCAGCAGCCAGGCAGCCCCCCAGCCAGGCAGCCCCCCAGCCAGGCAGCCCCCCAGCCAGGCAGCCUCCCAGCCAGGCAGCCCCCCAGCCAGGCAGCCCCCCAGCCAGGCAGCCCCCCAGCCAGGCAGCCUCCCAGCCAGGCAGCCCCCCAGCCAGGCAGCCCCCCAGCCAGGCAGCCUCCCAGCCAGGCAGCCCCCCAGCCAGGCAGCCUCCCAGCCAGGCAGCCCCCCAGCCAGGCAGCCUCCCAGCCAGGCAGCCUCCCAGCCAGGCAGCCUCCCAGCCAGGCAGCCCCACAGCCAGGCAGCCUCCCAGCCAGGCAGCCUCCCAGCCAGGCAGCCCCCCAGCCAGGCAGCCCCCCAGCCAGGCAGCCCCCCAGCCAGGCAGCCUCCCAGCCAGGCAGCCUCCCAGCCAGGCAGCCCCCCAGCCAGGCAGCCCCCCAGCCAGGCAGCCAGGCAGCCCCCCAGCCAGGCAGCCCCCCAGCCAGGCAGUGUUGCUGCGCGUGUUGGGAAAUGGGAUUCGUAGUCCUAUGGAACAAAACGGCAGAAUUACUUAAACAGCUACUGCAGCAUUUAUUUUGCUAUAAAUGUGAUCGUACUUGACUUUUUAUUCACAAUGUAAGUGAAAUGCUCACACUGGAGCCCUGGCCAUCCGCCAACGUGGCUGGUGAAAUAGACAUCUUACCCAACAAUGCCCCCCCCUCUCUCUCUCUCUCAUUUUCUGAUCUCCCUUUCUCUCAAUUGCCUUCCUUCUCUCCUCCUCUCAAUUCCCUUCUUUCUCUCUCCCUCAUUGAAUUGCCAUAUGAUAAUCAGUGUAAAACAGAUCAAACCAGAGCUGUUUUAAAACCAAGAUAUCCAUUUAAAGAUGGCCUACUACUGUCAAAUGGUCAAACCCAAGAUGUUGUAAAGCUAAAGAUGUCCUAUUCUAUUCCCCCUCAGGUUCAGCAGGGCAGGACAGGGAAUGAGAAGGAAGUGGGUUUACCCAUCCACACGUCCAAACCUGACUUCCCCUCUCCAGCCAGCCUCUACAAGUCAUCCAUGAACAUGAACACUAACAGGUAAGAGCUGCACACAGGCCAUCAGAUGAAGAACAGUAAGGUUAUCCUAGGACCGGUACAGACGGUAAGGUUAUCCUAGGACCGGUACAGACAGACGGUAAGGUUAUCCUAGGACCGGUACAGACGGUAAGGUUAUCCUAGGACCGGUACAGACAGACGGUAAGGUUAUCCUAGGACUGGUACAGACGGUAAGGUUAUCCUAGGACUGGUACAGACGGUAAGGUUAUCCUAGGACGGUACAGACGGUAAGGUUAUCCUAGGACCGGUACAGACAGACGGUAAGGUUAUCCUAGGACUGGUACAGACGGUAAGGUUAUCCUAGGACUGGUACAGACGGUAAGGUUAUCCUAGGACUGGUACAGACAGACGGUAAGGUUAUCCUAGGACCGGUACAGACGGUAAGGUUAUCCUAGGACCGGUACAGACGGUAAGGUUAUCCUAGGACCGGUACAGACGGUAAGGUUAUCCUAGGACUGGUACAGACAGACGGUAAGGUUAUCCUAGGACCGGUAUAGACGGUAAGGUUAUCCUAGGACCGUAAUAAAGACGGUAAGGUUAUCCUAGGACCGGUACAGACGGUAAGGUUAUCCUAGGACUGGUACGGAUGGUAAGGUUAUCCUAGGACCGGUACAGACGGUAAGGUUAUCCUAGGACCGGUACAGAUUAUCCUAGGACCGGUACAGACGGUAAGGUUAUCCUAGGACCGGUACAGACGGUAAGGUUAUCCUAGGACCGGUACAGACAGACGGUAAGGUUAUCCUAGGACCGGUACAGACAGACGGUAAGGUUAUCCUAGGACCGGUACAGACGGUAAGGUUAUCCUAGGACCGGUACAGACAGACGGUAAGGUUAUCCUAGGACCGGUACAGACAGACGGUAAGGUUAUCCUAGGACCGGUACAGACGGUAAGGUUAUCCUAGGACCGGUACAGACAGACGGUAAGGUUAUCCUAGGACCGGUACAGACGGUAAGGUUAUCCUAGGACCGGUACAGACAGACGGUAAGGUUAUCCUAGGAACUGGUACAGACGGUAAGGUUAUCCUAGGACUGGUACAGACGGUAAGGUUAUCCUAGGACGGUACAGACGGUAAGGUUAUCCUAGGACCGGUACAGACAGACGGUAAGGUUAUCCUAGGACUGGUACAGACGUAAAGGUUAUCCUAGGACCGGUACAGACAGACGGUAAGGUUAUCCUAGGACCGGUACAGACAGAACGGUAAGGUUAUCCUAGGACCGGUACCAGACGGUAAGGUUACCUAGGACCGGUACAGACAGACGGUAAGGUUUAUCCUAGGAACCGGUACAGACAGACGGUAAGGUUUCCUAGGACCGGUACAGACGGUAAGGUUAUCCUAGGACCGGUACAGACAGACGGUAAGGUUAUCCUAGGACCGGUACAGACAGACGGUAAGGUUAUCCUAGGACCGGUACAGACGGUAAGGUUAUCCUAGGACCGGUACAGACAGACGGUAAGGUUAUCCUAGGACCGGUACAGACAGACGGUAAGGUUAUCCUAGGACCGGUACAGACAGACGGUAAGGUUAUCCUAGGACCGGUACAGGCGGUAAGGUUAUCCUAGGACUGGUACAGACGGACGGUAAGGUUAUCCUAGGACUGGUACAGACGGUAAGGUUAUCCUAGGACCGGUACAGACAGUAAGGUUAUCCUAGGACCGGUACAGACGGUAAGGUUAUCCUAGGACCGGUACAGACGGUAAGGUUAUCCUAGGACCGGUACAGACGGUAAGGUUAUCCUAGGACCGGUACAGACGGUAAGGUUAUCCUAGGACCUGUACAGACGGUAAGGUUAUCCUAGGACUGGUACAGACGGUAAGGUUAUCCUAGGACCGGUACAGACGGUAAGGUUAUCCUAGGACCGGUACAGACGGUAAGGUUAUCCUAGGACCGGUACAGACAGACGGUAAGGUUAUCCUAGGACCGGUACAGACAGACGGUAAGGUUAUCCUAGGACCGGUACAGACAGACGGUAAGGUUAUCCUAGGACCGGUACAGACAGACGGUAAGGUUAUCCUAGGACCGGUACAGACAGACGGUAAGGUUAUCCUAGGACCGGUACAGACAGGCGGUAAGGUUAUCCUAGGACCGGUAUAGACAGGCGGUAAGGUUAUCCUAGGACUGGUACGGACGGUAAGGUUAUCCUAGGACCGGUACAGACGGUAAGGUUAUCCUAGGACCGGUACAGAUUAUCCUAGGACCGGUACAGACGGUAAGGUUAUCCUAGGACCGGUACAGACGGUAAGGUUAUCCUAGGACCGGUACAGACGGUAAGGUUAUCCUAGGACCGGUACAGACAGACGGUAAGGUUAUCCUAGGACCGGUACAGACAGACGGUAAGGUUAUCCUAGGACCGGUACAGACAGACGAUAAGGUUAUCCUAGGACCGGUACAGACAGACGGUAAGGUUAUCCUAGGACGGUACAGACAGACGGUAAGGUUAUCCUAGGACCGGUACAGACAGACGGUAAGGUUAUCCUAGGACCGGUACAGACAGACGAUAAGGUUAUCCUAGGACCGGUACAGACAGACGGUAAGGUUAUCCUAGGACCGGUACAGACAGACGGUAAGGUUAUCCUAGGACCGGUACAGACAGACGGUAAGGUUAUCCUAGGACCGGUACAGACAGACGGUAAGGUUAUCCUAGGACCGGUACAGACAGACGGUAAGGUUAUCCUAGGACCGGUACAGACAGACGGUAAGGUUAUCCUAGGACCGGUAAAGAGACAGUAACACAUGAGAGAGAGAGAGAGUCUCGUGUAUUAUCUCUGGUAGAGGAUUUGGCAAAACACAGUCUGGCAGUGGACACACAUGGACAGAAACAGGCUUCCUUAAUGUCUUCUCACUGUACACAUGAAUGACUUCCAUUGAGUGUGUGUGAGGGAUGGUGUAACUGUUUCCUUUACCCAUCCUCCUCUCCUUCCUCCUCCUCCUCCCCUCCGAUGGUAGGAUCUCCCCCCCUCAGUGGACUGCUCCCCCCGUUCAGGACAUGUCCUACUAUACGUAAGUGGGAUGGGGCUUUGUUCACAUAAGACAAAUGAUACGUCCAUGUACAGUAUUUUUCAGAUGUAUUCAUUUUUCCGAGUUCCCCCGUUCAGUCAGUAAAACUAGUAACAAAACGUCAUAGUCGCAUCACGUCGUUAGGGGCACAAAAACGUGGUAGCCUACGAUUGUCACCACUGCAACGUUAAGUUUAACGGGCUUCAUCACCAUGGCAACAUACACUUUGCCGUAUUAGUUUCAAUGAACACAUUUCAAUGCAACAGAUGUAUGCACAUUGACUCAUCUGGUGUGUACUAGUGUGUGUGUGUGUGUGUGUGUGGGAACGGUGAUAUAACCAUUUUAUAGACCUGUAAUAACAGAUUCUACAUCAUGUGUACUAGUAAUGCUGUGUGUUGUCCUUUCUGACAUGAGUGUCCUGUCACUGAUCUGUGGUGUGGUGGUUAGGUACUGAUCUGUGUGUGGUGUGGUGGUUAGGUACUGAUCUGUGGUGUGGUGGUUAGGUACUGAUCUGUGGUGUGGUGGUUAGGUACUGAUCUGUGGUGUGGUGGUUAGGUACUGAUCUGGGGUGUGGUGGUUAGGUACUGAUCUGUGGCGUGGUGGUUAGGUACUGAUCUGUGGUGUGGUGGUUAGGUACUGAUCUGGGGUGUGGUGGUUAGGUACUGAUCUGGGGUGUGGUGGUUAGGUACUGAUCUGGGGUGUGGUGGUUAGGUACUGAUCUGUGGUGUGGUGGUUAGGUACUGAUCUGGGGUGUGGUGGUUAGGUACUGAUCUGUGGUGUGAUGGUUAGGUACUGAUCUGUGUGUGGUGUGGUGGUUAGGUACUGAUCUGUGUGUGGUGUGGUGGUUAGGUACUGAUCUGUGGUGUGGUGGUUAGGUACUGAUCUGUGUGUGGUGGUUAGGUACUGAUCUGUGGUGUGGUGGUUAGGUACUGAUCUGUGUGUGGUGGUUAGGUACUGAUCUGUGUGUGGCGGUUAGGUCCUGAUCUGUGGUGUGGUGGUUAGGUACUGAUCUGUGUGUGGUGUGGUGGUUAGGUACUGAUCUGUGUGUGGUGGUUAGGUACUGAUCUGUGUGUGGUGUGGUGGUUAGGUACUGAUCUGUGGUGUGGUGGUUAGGUACCGAUCUGUGUGUGGUGGUUAGGUACUGAUCUGUGGUGUGGUGGUUAGGUACUGAUCUGUGUGUGGUGUGGUGGUUAGGUACUGAUCUGUGGUGUGGUGGUUAGGUACUGAUCUGUGUGUGGUGGUUAGGUACUGAUCUGUGGUGUGGUGGUUAGGUACUGAUCUGUGUGUGGUGUGGCGGUUAGGUACUGAUCUGUGUGUGGUGUGGUGGUUAGGUACUGAUCUGUGUGUGGUGUGGUGGUUAGGUACUGAUAUGUGUGUGGUGUGGUGGUUAGGUACUGAUCUGUGUGUGGUGUGGUGGUCAGGUACUGAUCUGUGUGUGGUGUGGUGGUUAGGUACUGAUCUGUGUGUGGUGUGGUGGUUAGGUACUGAUCUGUGUGUGGUGUGGUGGUUAGGUACUGAUCUGUGGUGUGGUGGUUAGGUACUGAUCUGUGUGUGGUGUGGUGGUUAGGUACUGAUCUGUGUGUGGUGUGGCGGUUAGGUACUGAUCUGUGUGUGGUGUGGCGGUUAGGUACUGAUCUGUGUGUGGUGCGGUGGUUAGGUACUGAUCUGUGUGUGGUGCGGUGGUUAGGUACUGAUCUGGGUGUGGUGGUUAGGUACUGAUCUGUGUGUGGUGUGGUGGUUAGGUACUGAUCUGUGUGUGGUGUGGUGGUUAGGUACUGAUCUGUGUGUGGUGUGGUGGUUAGGUACUGAUCUGUGUGUGGUGUGGUGGUUAGGUACUGGUGGUGUGCUGGUUAGGUACUGAUCUGUGGUGUGGUGUGGUGGUUAGGUACUGAUCUGGGUGUGGUGGUUAGGUACUGAUCUGUGUGUGAUGUGCUGGUUAGGUACCGAUCUGUGGUGUGCUGGUUAGGUACUGAUCUGUGUGUGGUGUGCUGGUUAGGUACUGAUCUGUGUGUGGUGUGGUGGUUAGGUACUGAUCUGGGUGUGGUGGUUAGGUACUGAUCUGUGGUGUGGUGGUUAGGUACUGAUCUGUGUGUGGUGGUUAGGUACUGAUCUGGGUGUGGCGGUUAGGUACUGAUCUGUGUGUGGUGUGGUGGUUAGGUACUGAUCUGUGUGUGGUGUGGUGGUUAGGUACUGAUCUGGGUGUGGUGGUUAGGUACUGAUCUGGGUGUGGUGGUUAGGUACUGAUCUGUGUGUGGUGUGCUGGUUAGGUACUGAUCUGUGGUGUGCUGGUUAGGUACUGAUCUGGGUGUGGUGGUUAGGUACCGAUCUGUGUGUGGUGUGGUGGUUAGGUACUGAUCUGUGUGUGCUGGUUAGGUACUGAUCUGUGUGUGGUGGUUAGGUACUGAUCUGUGGUGUGCUGGUUAGGUACUGAUCUGUGUGUGGUGUGGUGGUUAGGUAGUGAUCUGGUCAUGUGGCUGUGUAUUGUAUUGUAAUUGGUAGCGGGUAUAGACUGUAGACUGAGCUUUAAUGACUGUGAGUAGGUGGCAGGUAGCCUAGCGGUUAAGAGCCGUUGGGCCAGUAACCGAAAGGUCGCUGGUUCAAAUCCCAGAGCCGACAAGGUGAAACAUCUGUUGAUGUAACCACUCCUGUAAGUCUCUCUGGAUAAGAGUGUCUGCUCAAUGACUAACAUGGGAAGUGUGGGUGUGUUCAGGAAGCCCAGUGGUACCAUAGACGUGAUCGGAGGAGGGACUGCUACCAUCAGCAGAGUGGAGGGGAGACGAAGACAUAACCUGGAGGGGAACAACAUCCAGGUACACACACACACAACCUGGAGGGGAACAACAUCCAGGUACACACACACACACAACCUGGAGGGGAACAACAUCCAGGUACACACACACACACAACCUGGAGGGGAACAACAUCCAGGUACACACACACACACAACCUGGAGGGGAACAACAUCCAGGUACACACACACACACAACCUGGAGGGGAACAACAUCCAGGUACACACACACACACAACCUGGAGGGGAACAACAUCCAGGUACACACACACACACACACAACCUGGAGGGGAACAACAUCCAGGUACACACACACACACACAACCUGGAGGGGAACAACAUCCAGGUACACACACACACACAACCUGGAGGGGAACAACAUCCAGGUACACACACACACACAACCUGGAGGGGAACAACAUCCAGGUACACACACACACACACAACCUGGAGGGGAACAACAUCCAGGUACACACACACACACACAACCUGGAGGGGAACAACAUCCAGGUACACACACACACACACAACCUGGAGGGGAACAACAUCCAGGUACACACACACACAACCUAGAGGGGAACAACAUCCAGGUACACACACACAACCUGGAGGGGAACAACAUCCAGGUACACACACACACACAACCUGGAGGGGAACAACAUCCAGGUACACACACACACACACAACCUGGAGGGGAACAACAUCCAGGUACACACACACACAACCUGGAGGGGAACAACAUCCAGGUACACACACACAACCUGGAGGGGAACAACAUCCAGGUACACACACAACUCAAUAUUAGGAAGGUGUUUUUAUGUGAGCUAAACAUACAAAUUAAAACAUGUAUAAAACUAUUUUUUAAUGAGCCAUACAUCAAGUCCAAAACUGGAGCUUCAAAAAUAACUAGGUCGUUUUAAAUCUUCCGGAACGUGUCUUUAAUUUAUUGAGGAAAACAGUCCUAAUGUUAUUAAAAACCAGGCUUAUGUCGACACCCAGAGUCACUUUAGCAACAGCAACAGCACACCAUAUUCUAUAUAAAGGAGGUUUCUUUAAAGCACCGUGGAGUUCAGUCUGGUAUCGUAGUAAUACUGGGGUCAGGACACACGUGAAAGGACAUAGCCUUCGUGGAAAUCAAUGAAACCAUUCCCAUUGGCUGUUGAAACUCAUACCUGGUUGUGAUUGGCUGUUUCUUCGUUGUCUAGGUGAUUUCGGAACACUCGUCGUCGGACGCUGAGCAGAACCCCAACAAGAUGCCCCCCUUCUUCCCCCCAGGCCCCCUCCCCCCUAACAUCCCUCCUCCCC